AUGAGUUCUUUACGUCGCCAACAGUCGGAUGAUAUAAGAGUAGUCGUUGGAAUUGGUUCCUUCAAAACAGAUACUGUGUUAUUAUAUAAUAGUGAUUGUACCGAAGUAUUGAAUUGGGGUGGGCCCGCGUUACUUCAUGUGCCAAGAAAAAUUAAAAAUAAUAUUAAAGAAUCGGGCUCGCCACUUCCACCACAACACCGUGUUAUUGAAAGAUUCAAAUUAUUUCAAGAUGAUAAUGCAUCAAAUAAAUCAAACAAGCUAUAUUUACCACGAUGUUUAGAUUAUAGAAAGGCUAUUAGUGAUUAUUUAAGUAAAAUGAAAGGAGUGAGCCUCAAAUUAUCACAAGUACAAUUUGUUUUAUGUGUGCCUGCAGAAUGGGUAAAUCCCGAUAAUUUUAAUACCAUUGAAUUGGAUCUCGAGGCACAGUGCCCCUCAUUGCUGAAAUAUAUCACUGGAGCACAAAGAACUAAGUUAGAAAAGAAUGAAUGGCUUAUCGAAUUAGAGUUCGAGACAGUAAAAAAAAUGUUCGACCCAAUAAUCGAAAAAAUCAUCAAGUUAAUUAAUAAUCAAUUGUUUGAAUUUACAAGAAAACAAGUAAAACACAAAUGCAAGGCAAUGUUUUUGGUUGGAGGUUUUAGUGAAUCUCAGUAUUUAAUAAACCGAAUCCGAGAACAAUUUCAAAGACGCGUACCCAUUAUUGCGUCUCCUCGAGAUCCGAUAGCGGCUAUCGUUAGAGGCGCUGUAAAAUACGGACUAAAUAUGGGCCAGGUUAAAAGUCGAGUCUUGAAAUGGACAUACGGAGUAGAGAUAAUGGAAGAUUUUGACAUUAGUAAUGAUCCACCUGACCUCCGAACCGAUGAUAAUAAAAUAGUGAAGUUCAAACCUCUUGCAUAUCGUGGGGAUGACGUUAAAGUCGACCAGACUUUUGAUGAUGUAUUUAAACCAUUGUAUGAUGACCAAACUGUGGCAGAAUUUCGCGUAUACGUUACAAGAGAAAUUAGACCAAAAUACAUUAGUAAUGAAAUGCGGGUACUUGGUACCCUAAAAAUCGCUUUAUCCAGAACGCCAUCAUCAGGAAUUCGUCUUAUUGAAUUUGGAUUAACUUUUGGCAAGAUGGAAAUAAAAGCAAUGGCUAGAAAUAAGUUUACAGGUGAAAUAUAUCAUGCAACUUUCAAGUAUGAAGUGUAA